CGAUCUUUAUUUUGAACAUUAGCGCGACCACACUACUAUGGCUAGUAGUGGCUCGGGAAAAUCAGAUAGCGAGGUUUCCACCAGCAUCCUUAGCGGAAGCUUGCAACAAAGGAAGAGACUUUCAUCCGUCUGCGACGCAUGCAAGAGCAAAAUGCAGCUGGUGGCGGAGCUGCUCCUGUUGUCCAGCGAGACCAGGCCGGUGGUGAACGCCGACGGGAUGCCCGUAGCCGAGACGUUCGAGAAAUGCCGCGACACGGUGAUCGCGCGAACCAAGGAGCUAUCGAUCAUCGUUCACGAUAUCCAGAGCCAGCUCAACAUGGGGAAGUUCGUGGAGGUCGGCGACCGACUGGGCGAGAUGGGCGACUUGGUGGUCUCUCUGACCGAGUAUUCGGCGCACGCCGCUUACCUGGCGGCGGUGGAGAUCCCGGGUUCCCAAGCUGCCGUUUCCGGUCUGGUUGACCGCUACAAAGUCACCCGAUGCCGACACGAAGUGGAGCAAACGUGCAACGUCCUCCGCCUGACGGCUCUGGCCGACCUGACUCCGCAGCUCCUUCUGGAAGUCUCGCAGAACAUCCUGAAGAACCUCACCGCGCUUACGGACGCCUCCUCUCUGGCCAGUGAUAAAUCCAAGGACAGGUUUGCCAGGGAGCAGUUCAAAGCCGGCGUCAAGUGCAUGAGCACGAGCGCCACGGCUCUUUUGGCGUGCGUGCGCGAGCUGAAGGCCUGCCCGAGCGACCUGACCCGGAACCGCUGCGUGCUUUUCAGCGGGCCGCUCGUGCAGGCCGUGCACGCCUUGGUGGGCUUCGCCACCGAGCCGCAGUUCCUCGGCAAAGCCGCCGCCAUCCCCCCCGAGGGCAAAGGGGUGCAGACGGCUGUUCUGGGCGGCGCCAUGAGCGUGGUUUCGGCCUGCGUGCUCCUGACCCAGGGCCUCAAGGAUAUUUCGCAGCAUCCCGAGAACAGCUCCCAGAUGCCCCUCUAUCGGGAUCGGCUGAGAAACUCUGCAUGCGCCGUCUCGGACGGCUGCACACUCCUGUCUCAGGCACUAAGGGAACGAUCCUCACCUAGAACUUUACCGCCAGUUAACUCUCAUUCUGUGAAUUAAAACUCCUCCCCGGCACGUUGUUUUGAAGUACCAAAGAAUUUAAUCAGGUUCAACCCCGCAUGCGUUCUUAAAAAUAAAGGUUUGAUAAGACUGAUGAUACACGGGGGAAUUCUUUUGGGCAGCGUUGAUGUCUUUGGGAAGCCAGGUGUGACACACGACCGAUCUAAAACGUAUUUUUGUUAACUGUUCUCAUUCGGUUAAGCGCCCCGUGUAUCAACAGUCUAAAGGGUUUUCACAGCAGUUCCAUUUAAAAUAUCAUUUCGAGUUCCAAAAAAGAAUGUUCGCGGUGUACGGAACCUUUUUUUGCAUUUGAAAGGUUCCGUGUAUUUUUAAACAUUCUCUGCGGAACGCCGAUUAAGAACCUGUGUUUUUAAGAGCGCAGCGUGUAGUAAAC